AUACGAGAGGUGGCCCUCCUCCGGGAGUUAACGCACGAGAACAUAGUGCGUCUCAUAGAUGUCAUCAUGCCACCGUCCAAGGCUAUACACUUGGUGUUCGAGCACAUGACCAUGGAUCUUGGGAAGCUUUUGGAUACUCAGCCCAAGAACAAGACCUUGAAUGGCGCCGUCGUUAAGAAGUACCUCGGUCAGAUAGUAGACGCCAUCCUCUUCUGCCACCGACGCAGAGUUCUGCACCGCGACCUCAAGCCAGCCAAAGUGCUUAUCGACGACAACGGCGGCCUCAAGGUGGCCGACUUCGGCUUGUGCCGUGCCUUCACGCUGCCCGUGGGCAUCUUCACCCACGAGGUGGUCACCCUCUGGUACCGGGCGCCGGAGAUUCUCCUUGGUGCCAGUCGUUACUCGACACCGGUGGACGUGUGGAGUAUCGGGUGCAUCUUCUUCGAGCUGCUCACUGGGAAAACUCUCUUUCGCGGAGAUUCGGAGAUCGACCAGCUGUUCCGGAUAUUCCACGUCCUGGGUACACCUACAGGAGACACGUGGCCCGCAGUGAUGCAGCUACCCAACUACAAGCCGACCUUUCCGAUGUGGAGAAAAAACAUCGUGGCCGAGUUGCUUCCCGAGGUGGACUGCGAGGUGGUAGAUCUGCUUCAGAAGAUGCUUAUCUACAGCCCUGGCGAGAGAAUCUCGGCCAAAGGCGCCGCCGCACACCCCUACCUGCCGGAUCGACUG